GCAUCGCCCCCUUUUAGUUAAUAGUCGAGUUACCAUCUUUGCUUCAGAAGGUCAAAGCAGUAUAACUACAACUUGUGGUGUGGAUUUUGGGAGACGAUAGGAAUUAAUUGUAGCCUUCGUAACAUUAACAAAAUAAGUCGUCAUGAAUUAUUCUCGCGCACUUGUUCGAAUUGCCCAACAGAGUCGGAAACUAACCACAACUUCUAGUUGUCGUGCAUCAGGACAAGCCAGAAUCAAAGAAUUGCAGAAAAAAUUUCAGGUUGAUGAUGGUCAACUUGUGCAUGUCAAGGGAGGAACUUUUGAUAAAUUGAUGUAUCAUGGCACUCUUGGGCUAUGUGUUUUUGCUUUCUGCUCUUGUAUUUAUACAAUAGUAGACCUUUCUUUUCCUCCAAAAGUACCAAAUGAGUAGUAAUUAUGUAAAUCUUUGUUUCAUAUUAAGAAAGAAAAUUAUAAAUCGGUAGACACCUGGUUUAGUUAAUGUAAAUUACUCCCAGAUCAAAUAUAAUAAUAAUAGUAGUUGCCACUAUUUAGUAUAAUUAGACAUGAUUGAUGCUAAAAAUGACCAAAGUAUCAGUAACCAGAAAUGAUGGAGAAUAAAGUGGAAAUUAUUUCCCAACAUAGUUUAUUUUCUUGAUUUUCCAAAUUUCACUGCAGAAAAAUAAAAUCUAUUUAACAACA